AUGUUCGGCACCAGGAAGGCGCCCAAGCGCUUCUCGCUGCUGUUGCUGGAGGAGGGCGAAGACUACGUUGAAGACUGGGUGGCCGAGGCCAGGUGGCCCUCCAAUGUGUCAGGCAACUGGCAGGGCCUGCCCAAGCUCCAGGGCCGAUUGCGCCUGUGCUCCAAGUCCAUCUUCUUUGAGCCGGACGAUGUCCGCAACCCCAUCGUCAGGCUGCCGCUGUCUCAGGUGCAGCGCAUGGAGCCAGAGGGCAAGCAGAGCUUUGGCAUGGCGACGCAGCUGGUGGUGAAGAUGCGCGCCAACAUGGCAGACGCCCCUUAUGUGUUUGAGAAGGGCGCCAUCACCAGCUGGCACUUCCACCUGGCCUAUGCGCAGCUCAGCGGCUUCAUGCCGGUCGCGCACCACUACCUCGCCGCCUCCCGCCUGCCCUACUCCGAGCGGGACGAAGCCCUCCAGGCGCUGGCACGGGAGCGGAUGGCGGCGGCGGCAUUCGACACGAGCCGGCUGGUGGACUUCACGGAGCGCGUGCAGAUCAGCCUGGCCGCCGCGCAGCUGACGCCGCUCGUGCGCGAGUCCGGCCGGCUCGUGGUCACUGACCGCCGCGUCUACUUCCAGCCGCUGCAUAACGUCACCGGUGACUCACCAGUGCGCGUGCACGCUCUCGCAGACGUGGCCGCCGUCGCCCGCCGCCGAAGCUCCCUCAAACCCACCGGGCUGGAGAUAUUCUUCAUCGAUGCGGGCGGAUCUGCGAGCGGCCCCAGUGUGUUCUUUGCGUUUGGCAGCGAGCUGGAGCGAGAUGAUGCGGCGGCCGCCAUUGCCGACCAGCCUAGCGUGGGCGCCAACCUGCCGGGCGGCCGCGCCGUCGCCUCGGCCUGCGGCUCCAUCCUCGAGGCGGAGGGCGGCUGGCUGCAGCGGGUGACGGGGGCGUGGCAGGCGGGCAAGAUCAGCAACCGCGACUACCUGCUGUUCUGCAAUCUAGCCGCCGGCCGCUCCUUCAACGACCUCACCCAGUGGCCCGUAUUCCCCUGGGUCCUCGCCGACUACACCUCCGCCAAAUUAGACCUCAAUGAUCCCGCUGUCUUCCGCGACCUGUCCAAGCCGGUGGGCGCUCUCAACCCGGCGCGCCUGGAGCUAUUUCGUGAGCGCUUCCGGGAGAUGCCCCGCGGCGAGGGCUUGGACUCGCCGUUCAUGUACGGGUCGCACUACUCGUGCCCGGGCUAUGUCAUGUUCUGGAUGGUGCGCGCGGCGCCGGGGCACCUGCUGCGGCUGCAGGGCGGCCGCUUCGACGCUCCCGACCGCCUCUUCUGCUCCAUCAAAGAAGCCUGGGACAGCGUCACCGCCUCCACUGCCGAUGUCAAGGAGCUCAUCCCAGAGUUCUUCCUGUCCGACACCAGCUUCCUGGUGAAUGCGGAUCAUCUGGCGCUGGGAACGCGGCAGAACGGGCGCGCGGUGAAUGAUGUGGAGCUGCCGCAGUGGGCCCACUCGCCGCAGCACUUUCUGGCGCUGCAGCGGGCCGCGCUGGAGAGCCCCUUUGUGUCCGCCAACCUGCACCACUGGAUCAAUCUCAUCUUUGGGUACAAGCAGCGGGGCAAGGCGGCAGUGGAGGCGGACAACGUGUUCCACCACUUGACGUACGGCGGCUCCGGCGAAACGGCGCCGAUGAGCAGGCACGAGCGCGCGGCGCUGGAGGUCCAGAUCAACGAGUUUGGGCAGUGCCCGCGCCAGAUCUUCCACUCUCCCCACGCUCCCCGCCUCGUCUGCCCGCCUGCGCCCAAUAUAGACGGAGCGGCGGAGGCAGCUGCUGAUGCGGCGGGCAGCCCGAACAAGUAUGGCCGGCGCACGGGGACGGAGGCGGGCAGCGAGCUGUCACUGGCGCUGCUUGCCACCAUCCGCGAAGCCGUGGCAUCCCCCAGCCCCCACCUCGAUGUGCCUCUGGAGGUCCCGGACAUGCUGGCAAAGCUGGACGUACUCGCCCAGCGCAAGCGGCAGGAGGAGUUACUGCGGUCCUCAGAAGCUGACGAUGCCAGCACGUCUUCCCUCGACACCCAGGCGGAGAGGGAGACGGCGCCGGUGCCGUUGAGGGGGGCGCCAUCGCGGCUGCGCAACUGGUCGGGGCGGCUGGGGUCGCAGAUCACCUCUCUGCGCGGUACGCUCAGCCCGACAGCUGACAACGUCGGCAAUGUCACCUCCACCCUCAAAGGCCUCUUCCAGCGCCAGGGCAGCGCCGGCAACGGCCACGGAUACAGAGCCCAGCCGCAGCAGGCCGGCUUCUGCGCGGAGGGCUUCUCAGAAUGGGGACUUCAAGGUGGCCAUGCUGUGCAGACGAGGGAGACCGUCCCUUGGCCGCCUGGGUUCAGGGACAGGCUGCCAGAGCGGCCCACGCGCAGAAUUGUGGCGCAGCAGGGCGCUGUGAAUGCAGCAGCAGCCGCGCGCACAGAGGACGGGCCCCUGGUGUACUGCGUGGGGCAGACCGGGACGCUCAAGAUCUACUCCUUGGAGAGCGGAGCGCAGGUGAGGUCAGCCAAGCUGGCAGAUGUGCCCUGCACAUGCCUGGCCCUGCUGGAUCCUCAGGGCGACAAUCUCAGCAGCCACCCUUUCGCCCUCGCAGGCUGCUACGACAACAAGGUGUACGCAACACAGCAUGGCCGGCCGCUGGGCAGCUUUGGCGCUCACGACGAUGCGGUCUCCUGUGUGCUGGCCCCGCCCGCCGCAGACCACAUCAUCACUGCUUCCUGGGACUGCUCCGUCAAAACCUGGAGUUUGGCGGAGGGGCGCGCGCCGUGGGGCGGCCAGCCGGUGAUGCCCUCUGCGGAGCUGGGCGAGCACGACGCCGGGGUGUGGGCCGCCGACUGCGACGCUCGCGGCCGCCUGCUCGUCACCGGCACCGAGGAUGGCUCUGUCGUGGCCCUGGACGCGCGCUGCCGCCAGACGCUGUGGCAGGUGACAGUGUCGCAGGACUAUAUCGGCGGGCUGCGGCUGACCCCGGACGGCAACAUGGUGGUGGCGGCUGCCGCUGAUGGGCUGGCGAGCCUGCUGGAGAUGCGCAAGGGCGGGGCGCGCCUGUCUUCUGUGGCGUGCGGCGGCCCCCUGCGCUGCGCUCAGACCGACGGCCACCUGGCGCUGCUCGGCACUGAGAGCGGACAGGUGCUGUUCUGGGAUCUUGGGCAGCAGCAGGGGGAGCGCCGUGCCACGGCCGGAGGCAGUUCUCCGGGGCCUGAUGGCAUGUACAGGCAGCUGCAAGCCAGCGGCAGUGCUGUGAAUGCGCUGACUCAGCUGGACGGCAGCUUGAUCACAGGGCACGAGGACGGCGCCCUCUGCUUGUUUUCUGGGCAGCUCUAGAUGCCUCCGCUCGGCUGGCUGUGUGCUUGGACAAAUUUGCUCAUGGUGCAGAUGUGAUCUCAUUGGGUAGGGGGGGCGCAUAAUAUGUCACUGUCAGUAUUUGGUCGUUUAUAUGUUUGCCAUUCUGUUUUUCUCAGCAAUCACGACCUGAUCGUGCGCCAUUGAGUGCCACAAAUCUUUGCAAUAUACAUGGAACGGAUU